AUGAUCAAACCAUCUCAUCAAAACACUCAAACUCAAUGGCGACACUUAAAUUUCUUCGAUUCAGAUCCCAUUCAAUUCACUUCCAAAGACCUUCAUCCAUUCAAAGAUCCCAAUCAAUCCAACACAUUCUCAUCUGGACAUGAUUCAAUUGCAAUAGGUCAAAAAGAUGGUCAAAUUCAUUGUUUAGAUCGUAAUUUGAAUCUCACCAGAUCUUGGUUAGCAUUUCAAUCGGGUCAGGUUUCUUUACUUAAGUUUACCAAGAUUAAAGGUUUACUUAUUUCGAUUGGUGAUGAAUUGGGAUCUAGUUUUCCGAUUUUGAAGAUUUGGAAUUUGAGAUUUGAAGAUAAACAUCAUUCUAGUCCUCAAUUAUUGGCUCAUUCUAAAAUUCAAAUCGGUCCUCGUCCUCAUCCAGUCACCACUAUAGCUCUCACCGAUUCACUUACCUAUCUUUCACUAGGUUUAGCCGAUGGUACCGUCAUCCUUUAUCGUCACUUAGAUCAAGCUUUAGUCUCCAAUGCUUCAAUCCCUCAUCAAUCAACCAACCGAAUCACUCCUCUCUUACCUAAACCGAAAGUCGUGUAUUCUUCACCUGAACCGAUCACCGGUCUAGGCUUCAAUCCAUCUAAACCAAACUCCAACAUCUCUCUGUUUAUUGUCACGACGGCCAAAGUGCUAACGUAUGUGACUUCAGGUAAAGGUGCAGGGAAUGCUCCAUUAUUGAUAGAUGAUCUGGGGGCUGGAAUAGGUUGUAUAGAAGUCUAUCAAGAUGGAUCUUUGGUUCUUGCAAACGAUUCGGCUCUUUAUCUUUAUGGAUCAGAAGGACGUCAAGCUUGUUUAGCAUAUGAUGGACCUAAGAAUCGGAUUGAUGGAGUCGAUCAUUAUUUGAUGAUCAGUGGACCGACCCAAAUCGGUUCUACUCUGGCUCAUUCAAACGAAUCUAGAUUGAUUGUGUUUGAUUUAGAGAACCGAUUGGUGGCUCAUUCAACUAUUUUUAAAUCUCCUAUUCAUCAUGUUUGGUCAUACCAAAGUGGUGAAAUCUUUGUAUUAAGUGGAACAGGAGAAGUGACUAGAUUGAUUGAAAGAUCAUUAAAUGAGAAAUUAGAAAUGAUGUUUGAAAAAGAAUUGUAUAUGCUUGCAGUGAAUGUAGCGAAGAUUGGAGGAGCAAGUGAAAGUGAAUUAGCUGAGAUUUAUAAACGAUAUGGUGAUUCAUGUUAUUUGAAAUCAGAUUAUCAAUUAUCUGUACAACAAUAUAUUAAAACUAUUGGGAUUGUUCAACCUAGUUUUGUGAUUCGAAAGUUUUUGGAUGCUCAGAGGAUCUCGAAUUUGACUUCUUAUUUACAAGAACUUCAUUCACAAGGUGUAGCUAAUUCAGACCAUACGACUCUUUUACUAAAUUGUUAUACUAAAUUGAAAGAUCAUGAAAAAUUAAAUGAAUUUAUCAAAUUAAGUACGAUCCGGAAUUCAGGUAAAGGAAAAGAUCAAGAAGAAUUACCAUUCGAAUUAGAAACGGCCAUUCGGGUUUGUAGACAAGCAGGGUAUUUUGAUCAUGCACUUUAUCUUGCUCAACAGUUUGAUCAAAAUGAAGAUUAUCUUCGAAUUCAAAUCGAAGAUCGAUAUGAAUGGAAAGAUGCAUUAGAGUUUAUUCGGAAUCUUGGACCGAUUGGGGCUGAAGUGAAUUUAUUGAGAUAUGGGAAACCUUUGUUGGCUAAUCUGACGAAAGAAACUACUGAGUUAAUGAUUGAUGUGUGUUGUGGUACCAUGAAAGCUAAGAAAACUACAAGAAAUCAAGAAGAAGAAGGCGAAGAAAAAAGACAAGGGUUUUCGAAAGAAGACCAUGGAGCUGAGAAGAAUAGUUUACCUUCUUUGAGACAAUUUUUUGCAUUUUUUAUUGAUCAACCUGAUUCGUUUAUUCAUUUUCUUGAAACGGUGGCUUUUAGAAGAUGGGGAGAUCGAUUAGAAGAUGAAGAAGAGGAAGAAGGAGAGGAGGAAGAAGAAGAAGAUGUAUGGGUGAAUGUAAGAGAAGAAGAGGAAGAAAAGAAGGUAGAGAUUGAAUCCGAAAGAGAAGAUAAAGAAGCUGUUUGGGGUACCUUAUUAGAAUUAUAUUUACAAACAUCAACUUAUCCAAAAGAAGAAAAGAAGAUGAGAUCGAAAGCAUUAAGGUUAUUGAGAUCGAAAUCGAUUGGGAUUUAUUGUGAAGCUUCUCAAGCUUUGAUUGUUUGUUUAGCACAUGAUUUUCUUAGAGGAAUCGUGUUACUUUAUGAAAGAUUAGGAAUGGAUGAAGAAGUUUUGAGGGUUUGGAUUGAUUUAGAUUUAGUGAAAGAUUCAGAAAAGCAAGAAGGAAUGGCUAGAGUUGAGAUUGUAGGAUUGAUUCAUAAGUAUAUUGAGAAUAAAGGAGGAAAGAGAAGAUCUAAAGAAGAGAUUAAGAAUUUAGUUUCGAUUGGAUUAAAGUAUUUGUUGAGUUGUAAGAGUUUACAGGAAAAAGAUGAAGAAUUGAUUGAAGGGGUUUUAGAGCAGAUUAGUGAGAAGAAAGUUUUAGAAGUGAUUGAGGUGGUUGAACUUUUUGGAUCAUCUGAAGAUGAAGAACAUGAAGAUGGUGAGAAUGGGUGUAGUUUGGGUAGAGUUAAAAAGUAUUUGUUGAAAGAGGUGAUGAAUGAGAAGAUGGAAAUCGAAGCUGAUCGAAUUUUAAUUGAAUCAUAUAGAAAAGAAAAUUCGAAAAAGUUAGAAUGGAUUAAAGAGAUUACGAAUGUAGAAAAACCAAAAGUUUUGAAAACUAAUGAUCGAUGUAAGAUAUGUGAUUUGGUUUUAGUGGGUUCUGAUCAAAGUGUUUUACACUUUAUGUGUUCUCAUUCGUUUCAUCAAAGGUGUUUAGGAGAAGAAAUCGAAUGUCAAAUUUGUAAACCAUCAAAUGAAUUGAUUAAAGAGAUUCAAAGAAGAAGAAAGUUUGAUUUAGAGAAUUGUUCGAAUAAACAAGCUUAUGAUGGGUUUCUUGAUGAACUUUCGGUGGUUGAUGAUAGUUUUGGUUAUAUUGCUGGAUUCUUUUCCAAGGGUUUGUUGUGA